GAAACUAUUACAUUUCUUUUGCGCCUACAAAUAUGAAAUUCUUCCUCACAUUUUCUCCAAACUCACUUUUCCUUUUUUCAUCAUUCCCUCUUCGUUUUUCUUUCACGACAAAAACAAAAUCAUCUUUUUAAGGUUGUUUGUUUUGUUAACACACAACUUCCUGCUUCGUUUCUUAAGGGUUUAAACCAGGAUUAUAGACACAUAUUUCUCUAUGGGUGAAGCACCAGCAUUCCUUGUUGAUGACCUUCAAGAUGGGCCUCUUAGUGGCCUUGAAUUAAAUAACGGAGCUUGCAAAACGACUACUAUGGUUGGUGAUAAAACGUAUGUCAUAGUUGGAGCUGGUGAUGGAACUUUGUCCAUUGACGUUCAAAUUUUUGACCGUAGUCUUGGAGAAUGGGUUCACCCAACUGUGCUGGGAAACAAACCCUCUUCAUGCAAAGGCCACUCGGCUGUGCUUUUUGAAAACCGGAUACUAGUUCUCAAGAAGGGUUCUAAACCAGAUGAUCAGAUAUGGUUCCUAGAGGUGGACACUCAAUAUGUUAGGCAACAGCGGAAAAAAUUGGGGACUGAGGUUGUUGCAUGGAGUAAGGGUGUGAUAGGCAAUGUUGAGAGACCUGUUGUUAUCAGUGGUCCUUCUGGAGUCGGUAAAGGAACACUAAUAUCGAUGCUCAUGAAGGAAUUCCCAUCGAUGUUUGGCUUUUCUGUGAGCCACACCACCCGUGCUCCAAGAAAUAUGGAGAAAGAUGGGGUCCAUUACCAUUUUACCGAUAAGAGUGUGAUGGAGAAAGAGAUCAAGAAUGGAAAGUUUCUCGAAUUUGCUUCUGUCCAUGGUAAUUUGUACGGGACGAGUGUUGAAGCUGUGGAAGUUGUAGCAGAUUCAGGAAAAAGAUGUAUUCUUGAUAUUGAUGUUCAAGGAGCAAGAUCUGUGAGGGCUAGUUCUCUUGAAGCCAUUUUCAUCUUUAUCAGUCCACCGUCAAUGGAAGAGCUGGAGAAGCGCCUUCGUGACAGAGGAACUGAGGCAGAGGAACAGAUCCUUAAGCGACUGCGUAAUGCCGAGGCUGAGAUUGAGCAGGGAAAGUCUUCUAAUGUAUUUGAUUUCACCUUAUACAAUGACAAUCUUGAGGAGUGUUAUGAGAGACUUAAGAAAUUAUUGGGACUUGAUGGUUUUGUCACUCCACAAAAAUCAGCUGCACCUAGAGAGAUUAAUCUGCCAAUGGAUCAUUCGGUGUCGAAAGUUGAUGACAAAAUCAUCAUAAACUGCAUUUCUUCGGAACUAGAGAAUGAAUCAAAGAAUUUGAUCAUGUUGGAUGUUUCCUCAAUAAAAGGAGGUGCACCUGGAAGGACAAGAGGGCUCGAUUUUCAAGUCAUUGAUUAGCUUAGCUAACAACAUUCUACAAACUUGGCCACAACUAACUUGGUUUUCACCAAUCACAAUUCAUAAUGUAACUCGAGGAAAUGAGACAUGCAAUAAUGCAUUAGAUUCAUGUGUUAAAACAUUUUCCCCCUUCUUACUGGCGUUCUUUGAUUGUUAGUUACAUUUAUUACUAUGAUUAGGUUUAAUUGUAAUUUUGGUCUCUCUAUUUUUAUCAAUUUAUGGAAUUGGUCAUUUUA